AUGUUCCGUCCACGCACUCUCCGGGCUCUGCCCAGGGGUCUGCCGCAGCCCGCCGUCCGAACCUCGCGACGCACCCUCUUCUCUCGCCAGCGCACCUCGUCAUCCCGCCCCGUUGAGAAGCUCAACGUCAACCAGCUCAGCGAGGCCCGCUCCAACUACGACCGCGACCGCACCUAUUUCCUCGCGGCCGGCGCCCUCGCGGGCAUCAUCUCCUUUGUGUACACGGCCAACAAGCUGCGCAAGGCGCUCGCCGCCGAGAAGAAGCGCAAGGCCCUCAAGAACGGCGACUCUGACGGCGACGGCGGCAGCAGCCCGAGCGACGACAACCACCGCACCGGGUUCCAGCUCGACUCGUCGGUACCGACCGAGACCUUCACGACCGAGGCCGGCAGCAAGCGCAAGGUCGUCAUCCAUGACGAGGAGGGCAGGGAGCUCGUGCCCACGGGCAACAAGACGGUGCCCAGCUUCCCCCGGACCAUCGACCUCUCCCUCAGCCAGCCCCACCGCGACCCGGCCGCCCCCAUCGCCGCCUCCGUCAUGGACUCGGACGGCGUCGAGUACACCCUCGUCGGCCUCGGCAUCCGCACCGUCAGCUUCCUGAGCAUCCAGGUGUACAUGGUCGGCUACUACGUCGCCACGGCCGACGUCGCCAGGCUGCAGCACUACCUCACCAAGAAGAUCAACCCCAUCGCCACGACCCUCGUGCCCUCGGAGCGCGACAGCCUCAAGGCGAAGCUGCUGGACCCCGCCGAGGGCGAGGAGACGUGGUCGGCGCUCCUGCAGGAGGUCGGCUGCCGCAGCGCGUUCCGCAUCGUGCCCGUCCGCGACACCGACUUCCCCCACCUGCGCGACGGCUUCGUGCGGGCCAUCACGGCGCGGUCGGCGACCGACAAGGAGGCCUACGGCGACGAGGCGUUUGGCGAGGCAAUGAAGGAGUUCAAGAGGCUGUUCAGCAGGGGCAAGGUCCAGAAGGAGAAGGAGCUGCUGCUGUGCCGCGACGAGAAGGGCGCUCUCGAGGUCCUCUUUGACGACGGCAAGAGCUCGGGCAGACAGACCGUCGGCAAGGUGCAGGACGAGCGUGUGUCGAGGCUGCUGUGGCUCAAUUGGCUGGCCGGCAGCAAGGUCGCGUCCGAAGCGGCGCGGCACAGCAUCAUUGACGGCGUCAUGGAGUUUGUCGAGAGACCCGUCGGCACCGUCGCGACGCAGGUCGUGUAG